GGCUCGCCAUAUUGUGCGGCGGCGCCGGCGGCCGCGGCGGCUGGGGCGCGAUUCUCGCUGCGGCCGCGGCCCGCAGAGCCCGGGCGGGGGCGGGAGCCGCCAUGUCUCAGGCUGUGCAGACAAAUGGAACUCAGCCAUUAAGCAAGACAUGGGAACUCAGUUUAUAUGAACUACAACGAACACCUCAGGAGGCAAUAACAGAUGGCUUGGAAAUCGUGGUGUCACCCAGAAGUCUCCAUAGCGAGUUGAUGUGUCCGAUCUGUUUGGACAUGCUGAAGAACACCAUGACCACCAAGGAGUGCUUGCACCGUUUCUGCGCGGACUGCAUCAUCACGGCCCUGAGAAGCGGCAACAAAGAAUGUCCCAUCUGUCGGAAAAAGCUAGUUUCCAAAAGAUCACUCAGGCCAGAUCCGAACUUUGAUGCUCUCAUCAGCAAAAUUUAUCCGAGUCGUGAUGAAUAUGAAGCGCAUCAGGAGAGAGUCUUAGCCAGGAUCAACAAGCACAACAAUCAGCAAGCCCUGAGUCACAGCAUCGAGGAGGGACUGAAGAUCCAGGCCAUGAACAGAUUACAGCGAGGCAAGAAACAGCAGAUCGAAAAUGGUAGCGGAGCAGAAGAUAACGGCGACAGUUCGCACUGCAGUAACGCAUCCACCCACAGCAACCAGGAAGCAGGCCCUAGUAACAAACGGACCAAAACCUCUGAUGAUUCUGGCCUCGAGCUGGAUAACAACAAUGCAUCAGUGGCCAUCGAUCCAGUGCUGGAUGGGGCUAGUGAAAUCGAGCUAGUGUUCAGGCCUCAUCCCACGCUUAUGGAAAAGGAUGACAGUGCACAGACAAGACACAUAAAAACUUCAGGUAAUGCCACUGUUGAUCACUUAUCCAAGUAUCUGGCUGUAAGGUUAGCUUUAGAAGAACUUCGAAGCAAAGGAGAAUCAAACCAGAUGAACCUGGAUACAGCCAGUGAGAAGCAGUAUACCAUCUACAUCGCAACAGCCAGUGGCCAGUUCACUGUCUUAAAUGGCUCUUUUUCUCUGGAAUUGGUCAGCGAGAAGUACUGGAAAGUGAACAAGCCCAUGGAACUUUAUUAUGCACCCACAAAGGAGCACAAAUGAGCUUUUAAAACCAAUUCCGAGACGGAACUUUUUUAUAGCCCAGUUCUUUCAUAUUAAAGCUGUACCAUCAUUGCUUCUGAGGACAGAUAUUGGAUUGUUCAGUUUCCUUUCUGAGCCAGACUCGCUUACACUGGGAGAAUCUUUCCCCCUUAAUUUAAGAUUUCCUUUUGGAAGGGACUGCCAUUAUUCAGUACUUUUUCUUUUAAAAAGACAUCUAAGUUGUGUGCUUUCACAGAGCGUGGUUCCAUUUUGGAGCAACUUUUUUACCCAGGAAGUUUGAUAGUUUUCUGUAUUCUUCAGAUUCAGUUGGUCUUCUUUUCCCCACUCCUUUCACAAGUUUCUUAGGCCUAUAGAAUGUUAAAUAAUAUGUAUUCUGACUUUUUCCCCCGAAGUCUUGUAUAUUUAUAGUUUUCUAUAUAAACUAGAGAAUCUUCAUGAAGACCAAGGCUCAAAUUUACUGUGCUUAAAAACAAUUCUCAUAGGAUUAUUAUUUUCAUGGUAUUUUCUUCCAUAAUUCAUUUUAAAAAGAUGUUCUUUAUGAACUUACUGUCCAUUGUAAUGCAAUGUUAUUUUUCCCCCUUAUAUUUUGGAAUUUCUGGUCCUGGGGAAGAGAAUCAAACAAAAUCUUAGGUUCUAUGAGAACUUGGUUCAAUGACAGAUUUCACUGAAGAAAGACAAAUUAAAUUGGUAGUAAUAUGUAGUCUUCAAGUGUUUAUUUAAGAUUUUUUUUUUGGUAUUCUGUCACUUCAGUUCUUUUAUUAUGUAUGUUUGAUGUUUUUCCUGUUAAAAUACCAGAGAUGUGGAGAUAUUUUGCACUUUAGCCUUGAUGGAAAGUACAAGAUACGUUGAAAGCUUCCCUAAUUGUUUUCUUACCUGUAGCCACGUGAGUUUUAAGAAUAACAUGGCACAUAGAACUAACAGUCGGAGUGUGCUUCUCUUUGAGAAGUGUGUUUAGCAUUUUGGGCUGCCGUUUCAGCAUAUAAAUCUGGUGCUCUGCUA